AUGCUCUGCCAAGAAUCCAAAAAGCUGUUAGGUGAAUUUCUAUUAGCAAUUGCUGAUAAAGAGUCUGAAUCAGAAAAACUUAAAGAAUCAUUGGAAAUCACAAAAUAUAUUGACCCAGAAGAGCUCUUUCUAAGACUUGACUCUAUAGGCUAUGGCUAUUUGCGACCUUCAGAUAUUCUACAUAUUUGCUCUCUUCUCCAAAUUGCCACUUCUGAAGGAGAGUGCAAAGGACUUCUCAGGUUUUUUGAUUAUGACUCUGAUAGUAGAUUAGGAUUUUUAGAGUUUCUUGAUAUCAUUUUACCUAGGAAUAACGAUUCAAGGGCUUAUCUCUUAGAAAAAAUUGAAAAAUCAAUAAUUUUUAACAGUGAAGUCGAUUUCAAACUUAAAAAAAUCCUUGAGCAUGAAAUUGGUAUAGUAAAAAUGAUUGAAAGAUAUAAGAGGCAGUUAGAAAAAUUUGAUGGAUUUAAUGUCAUUCGAGCUUAUGGAGAAAUUAAAAAAAGUCAUAAUGAUUUAGCAGAUUUGGCAAUUGUGGAGUUUUUUCAAAGCAUUGGAAUAGAAAUUUCUUUAAAAGACGUAGAAAAUAUAAUAUCAAGAAUUGAUAAAGAUAAAGACGGAAAAAUUGGAUAUUCAGAAUUUGUAGGAAUGUUUACCCCCCCCCCCCCCCUCCGUGAGCGAACAAAACCAUUAGAAAAAUCGCCAUUUUUUGACCAAAAAAACCCACCCUCCGUGAGUGAACAAAAAUUUUUUUAAUAGAAAAAAUUUUAAUGGAAAAAAAUUUGGAUAUAUAUAAGUGAUAAUUAGUAUAAUGAAAUCUAGAGCUAAUUCUGUUUAAUUUUAAACAAAUUGCGUUUUAAAACAUAAAUUUUGCAAAUUAAAUUAUAUUUGCUUCCCAAUUUUUGCAAAUUAGGAUUUUUUUAAAUUUCGAAAAAAAUAUUUUUUUUAUAAAAUUUAUAUAUAAAAUUUUUUUUUAAAAAAAAAAAUUAACCCCCCUCCGUGAGCGAACAAAAUUUUUUUGUUCGCUCACGGAGGGGGGGGGGGGGAGUUAGUAAUUUUCACGAAAAAACAAAUAAUGACCGUUCAAUAACGCCAAUUAGAAGUACAAAAAUAAUUACACCUCUAAAGCCAAUAUAUGCAGAUAGAAGCCCAAUAUCUGAACUUAGAGGCCUAGGGACAAAUAGAAGCCAGAUAUCUGAACUUAGAAGCCUAGGUACAAAUAGAAGCAAUUCAAGGACACCCUUAAAAAAUAAAGCAUCUUUAGAGAACUCUCGUCUAGAAUACUCAAAUAUCCCAUUGAGAAAAUCUGCUGUUUUAAACAGAAGCAAUUCCAAAACACCUUUAAAAACUAGAACAGCUAUAGAGAAUUCUCGAUUCGAAUAUUCAAAUAUUCCAUUGAGAAAAUCAGCUGUUUUAUACAGAAAUAUUUAA